GCGUUAUCGGCUGGGGUUAUCGGCACAGGACACUACUCGUGAAGCCUCCAGACUUCAAUAAUGAAGAUCGCCAUCGUUCUCGCCUGCCUGCUGGUGGCCGUCGCUGCCAAGCCUCAGUUCCUUGGAAACAGUGGCUUUGGUCAACGUCAGUUCGGCGGUUCUUUUGGAGGCGGCCGGUUCCAGGACUUUGACCGUCCUGACUUCGACAGCGGCUUCCAAGAUUUCGACCGCUUUGACGGCGGCGACUUUGACCGAUUCGGCGGUGGAUUCGGCGGCGGUCGUUUCGGUAACCAGUUCGGUCGCCAGUCAGGAUUCUUCUGAUCAGCCAGCCGGCUGACUUCUUAGGUGGAACUGGAGUGAUGUCAAGUGAACACCUCGCUGUGAAGCGUUUAUAUUCGUUCAGCAUGACGUUAUAGUCAACGUUACCGUCGCCCUGUUGUUAUGCUAGGAAAUAUAGAGAAUUAUGCUAAGCUAUAUUUUGUUGUAUAAGAUACUAUGAAAAUGCUGUCCAUUAUGCAAUACAUGCACA